AGUUGACAAUUGGUAAAUUGGCAUCGACAGUCGACAGUCGACGUUUUUGGUUAUUGUUAAAUUUUGAAGUAUCAUCAUAGUCUUUAAAAAUUAAGAUAAACUGAAAAUGCCUAGUCAAGAAGUGUCGACAACAAAAGUAAUAGUGCACCCCUUGGUGUUGCUGAGCGUUGUAGACCAUUUUAAUCGCAUGGGAAAAAUUGGUAACCAGAAACGUGUUGUAGGAGUUCUCUUGGGUUGUUGGCGAGCUAAAGGAGUCCUCGACGUCUCCAAUAGCUUUGCAGUUCCUUUUGAUGAAGAUGACAAAGAUAAAUCCGUGUGGUUUCUGGACCACGACUACCUGGAAAAUAUGUAUGGAAUGUUCAAAAAAGUAAAUGCUAGGGAGCGAGUGGUAGGUUGGUACCACACAGGUCCAAAAUUAGACCAGAAUGACAUAGCAAUAAACGAACUAAUUAGGAGAUACUGUCCCAAUUCUGUGUUGGUAAUAAUUGAUGCCAAACCGAAGGAUCUAGGCCUCCCAACCGAGGCAUACCAAGCUGUGGAGGAAGUCCACGAUGAUGGAUCGCCCACUUCCAAAACAUUUGAGCAUGUACCUAGCGAAAUAGGGGCGGAAGAAGCAGAGGAGGUGGGAGUGGAGCACCUUCUGAGGGAUAUCAAAGAUACCACAGUUGGCACGUUGUCUCAACGAAUAACCAAUCAACUCUUAGGUUUGAAAGGUCUGCACCUGCAACUGCGGGAAAUCCGAGACUACUUGAUACAAGUCUCCGAGAGCAAACUACCAAUUAACCAUCAAAUCAUUUACCAGCUGCAGGAUAUCUUCAAUUUGCUUCCCGAUAUUAACCAAGCCACUUUCAACUCAUCCUUCUAUAUAAAAAACAAUGACCAAAUGUUGGUUGUCUACCUCGCUGCUUUGGUUAGGUCUAUCGUGGCUUUGCACAAUUUGAUCAACAACAAACUUACCAAUAAAGAUGCAGAGGAGGGAAAGAAAGAAGAGGCGAAAAAAGAUAAAGAAAAUAAGGAGAAAGAGAAGGAAAAAGAUAAAGAUGGGAAGAAGGAUGACAAGAAGAAAUAAGUAUCAAAAAGUUCUGCCAUCAUUUAUUAUUUAAUUUUUUUUCUUUGUUUCUAAUAAACUAUGUUUUGUAUGAA